AUGUUGAUCACAGGAGUAAAAGUGGUUAAAGAACCUUUAAGUUUAAUGAGUUUAAAGGUAAAUCAUCAAAGGUGCAGGGCUGUAUACAAUAGAAUUCACUUGUGCAAACAAAACAAACACGCUUGUACAUACUAUAGAAAAUGUAUAAUACACACAGAAAAGUGGUAUCAGUGGCUGCUUCUAGUGAGGGGCUCUAAAAGUCUGAGCUGGGAGGAAACUGCAUACAGUUCAUCCUUUGAAAGUUAUUUUUCAUGUGCGUGUUUUCCUUUUAAAAUUGUAUUUCAGACAAACAGGAAAGGGAAUUCUGUAACAGACAACAGUUAA